CGAGAUGGUCAGCCCUGGAGCUGCAGCAAAAUGCUGGAUGGACAACUCCUGCUGGGAUGGCUAUCACUGGCACUCUUAGUCCUCACCUCCACUGGCCCAGCGGCUGCUUACUUUGGGCUGACAGGGAAUGAACCUUUGACCAUCCUCCCUCUGACCUCAGAAACGGAGGAAGCUGCUGUCAAAGCCCAUUACAAAAUUUGUGACCGACUGAAGCUUGAGCGAAAGCAACGCAGGAUGUGCAGGAGAGAUCCAGGUGUUGCCGAGACACUUAUGGAGGCCAUCAGCAUGAGUGCGCAGGAGUGCGAGUACCAGUUUCACUUUGAACGCUGGAACUGCACACUAGAGGGACGCUACCGAGCCAGUUUACUUAAGAGAGGAUUUAAAGAAACUGCUUUCCUGUAUGCCAUUUCCUCAGCAGGACUUACUCACGCUAUGGCCAAAGCGUGUAGCGCAGGCCGCAUGGAGCGCUGCACGUGUGACGAGGCUCCUGAUCUGGAGAACAGGGAGGCAUGGCAGUGGGGAGGCUGCGGAGACAACCUCAAAUACAGUAACAAGUUUGUCAAAGAGUUUUUGGGGAAGAAAUCAAACAAAGAUCUCCGGGCAAGAGUGGACUUACAUAAUACCAAUGUGGGAAUCAAGGUAAUAAAGGCUGGAGUUAAGACCACUUGCAAGUGCCAUGGAGUUUCUGGAUCUUGCACAGUUCGCACCUGUUGGAGACAAUUAUCUCCAUUCCAUGAAAUUGGAAAACAAUUGAAGCAAAAAUACGAGACUUCUCUCAAAGUAGGAAGCACUACUAAUGAAGCUACAGGAGAAGGGGACAUUGCUCCACCAAAAAAGCCAGUUACUGGCCACAGUGACCAAAUUCCAAGGACUACAGAUCUGAUAUACAUUGACGAUUCUCCAAGUUUUUGCCGGAUGAGUAAAUAUUCUCCAGGGACAUCAGGGAGGAGAUGUUACAAAGAUAAAAACUGCGAAAGUAUUUGCUGUGGCAGAGGACAUAACACACAGAGCAAGGUGGUAACCAGACCAUGUCAGUGUCAGGUUCGUUGGUGCUGCUACGUGGAGUGUAAACAAUGUACGCAAAAAGAAGAGGUUUACACGUGUAAGGAUUAGCCAGUGCUUGUUGACCACAGUUAUAAUGUAGUGGGAUAACAUCAUGGCAUAUGGAUUUAAACAGGGUUUCAUUAACUUUAUGGGAUCGAAAGAUAUAUUAAGACAUAAGCACUUUGUAGGGUACAAAAUACCUAACUGCAUUGCUGUUUUUAUUUUGUAGGUUGAGCAUGGACAAGGAUAUUACUAAGUGCCUGUGUAGAUAGUGGACAUUACAUUGCCAUUCUUCAUAUGGUCAUCUCAUGAUUAUUUCAAACCUUGCCAGCCUUUUUUUGAACAUUUAGGCUCCAUAAGACACAAACGUACACCUGGAUCUUUGACUGGAGAAUAUUAUGUUGGCUAGAACUGAAAGAGACAAUCGCAAAUAACUGGAGAACAAGGGAAUUAUAUUUUUCUUGUAUCUGUAUUUUCUCCAGUCUAACCUAUGAGCCCAUUGCUGCAAAAGUAUGAAAGUUCUUUCAGUACAUCUCUGCAGUAAUAAAACAAAUUCCAGCUUUGAUCUCAUAAAAACAAAAGAAAAUGUUAAGGUGUGUAUUAGUUGAUGUUGGAAAAGCCAAACAGAUGGGUAAAGACCAAUAGAUUAGAAAGUCCAUUUUCUUCAGAUUUCAAAAUCAGAAAAUUCAGAUGCCUUUUUUUAGCACUAUCACUGUUUUAAAAAACCACUAGAAAAGUUUAUUUUUCAUUGUAUAAAUAUAUAAAUAUAUAGACGUAUAUAUUUUGCUUUUUUCCUUGAGUAUUAACUAGCCUGUGGAGGGUGGAGUCCUAUCUCAAUGACCUAGACCAGGAUGAAGUGUAUUUCUGAUAUCUAUCUUAUAUAGUUAAUGUCAUUUAAAAAAACAAAACAUAGAUUUUCAUUAAUUGCAAGCGUUUUGGACCUGGGCAAUUCUGUAAAGACGAAUACUCCUAUGACAUCAUUCCAUUUACUGUAAGUCAAUGAUAGGAGCAUUAAAUUUUCUAUGUAGAGUAUGCUGAAAACCACUAGAGGAGUGACUAUGGUACCAUUUUCCAAAAGUACCUGCAACACAAAUCUUAAAUUAUAAUAUUCCAAAGUACAGAGCUUACUGCAUACUUGUAGUCAUUUAAUAAGCUGUGAAACAGAAAACAACACCUCAAUGGAUCUAGCAGUAAAAUCUGACAUAAAAAACGUAUUUAUCAGGACAAGGCUACUUUAGUUAACCUACAAUUGGAUUAUUCUUUCCCAAAACACAGAUCAAAAUCUUACAGUGAUGUUGACAUAAUAGAGUAAAAAAACAUCACCUUGAGCAAUCGUUGACAUGUUUAUUUAAAAUUUAGGAGCCAGCAAGAAUAUUGAGGGGUCAAUCCCACACUUUUGUUAGGGUUUAAAUAAAGUUGUGUGUAUGUAUGUAUAUAUAUAUAUAUAUAUAUAUAUAUAUAUAUAUAUACACACAUAUAUAUAUAUAUACACACAUAUAUAUAUUUUAUAUAUAUAUACACACACACAUAUAUAUAUAUAUAUAUUUAUAUAUAUAUAUAUAUGUGUGUGUGUGAAUAUAUAUAUAUACAUACAUAUAUAUAUAUAUAUAUAUAUAUAUAUAUAUAUGUUGAUUGUAGUAACAUAUAUAUAUACACACACACAUAUAUAUAUUACACACACACACAUAUAUACAUAUGGUUCAGGGAAACCAUAAAGUAAAAAAUUUAAAAUAAUUUGUAUAGACAGUCUAUUCGAACAUUUUUCAUAUAACAGGCUAAAAGUUUUAGUAAAGAAAUACGUUUUUGUUGGGUACGGUUAUUGGAAACUAAGCAGCCACCAGAAAUACUUAGGUGCCUGCAGCAUGAUUAGUUUAGCAGAUAAGGAAAAAUGUAUGUGAGGACAUUGGUAGAAGAUUCCAAAAGAAGUAGGGAAGGGCGAAUGUUACACAACAUUCGAAAAAUUAACCAAAUUUUAACACAUUUGUUUAUUUCGAAUUUCGAAUGUUUGUACAAUAUUCUAACAUUCGUUUAAUGUAAUAGUAUUUCAAAUGCUUUAUUAAAUUUAAUAUUUGAUUCUAAUAAUUCAAUUUGAAUUAUGCAAUAUUCGAAUUUGAAAAAUUUGAAUUUAUAUAUUUGUAAUAGUAUUUCUCAUGCUCUCUUUAAAUGUAAUAUUCCAAUAAUGCAAUAUUCAAAAUAGAAACAUUCAAAUUUAUAUAUUUGUAUCUAUUAUGUAUCAAUUUACUAAAUUCCCUACCACAUGAACUAUUGGAACGUCUGAAUAGUAUUUGUUAGAAAUUUUAAAUGUGGACAUUCAAUCUAAUUAUGAACAUUCAAAUUCGAAAGUGACAUUUGAAAACUGUAAAUAGCAUUCCAUUAUAGAAUUUUUAAGAAAAUUUGAUCUAUCGUAUGUCUACAAUAACAUUCGUUCUAACAUUUGAAUUAGAAUAUAAACACAUUCGCCUAUCCCUAAAAAGGAGUAAGAGAUAGAAUUUUAGAAGCUUUUUAGAUUGACCAAAUCAUGAGUUAUACAUUAAGAACUGUAAACUUAACUCGCCCUGCUCUGGCUGCAAAAGGUUAAGAGCCCUAUCGCUACAGACCAUGAGUGAGACACGCUGCAGGCAGCUUAUACUUAUUGCCUACAGCUGAGGGGGAGGAGAGGCAAGUUUACUAUUAAUAAUUUCAUAUAUUAUAUAAUCACUAAGAACAAUCUAUAGCCCAACUUUAAGUUAAAUUUAAAAGAACACAAAUCUCCCAUUUUUGUCUUAUACCAUUACACGCAAAACCUAUGUGUGCACAAGAAAAUGUUUUUUUUACAUUGCCAGAUAUUGGUAUAAGUUCCUUGACUCUACCAUUUUAGAUGACAAAUGUCUGCGAAUUGAUAGGAUAUUCAAAGAAUUUGAGCGUUAACAGUAGCCACUAAUUUAAAUAUAUUCUGAGCAUUUUUUUUUGCUGUCAGAAGAAGUCAAUUGUUUUAUGCUAAUUUCAAAAUGCUUAAUUUCUCUUUUAGCAACUAUAGACACUCACUGUUGCUUCAGUAAAUCAUGCAUCCAUGGCAGUGUCAUUUCUAGACUGCAUGAAAAAAAAAUAAUAACGCUUGCUUUUUAACAAACACAAGGACUCCACUUUAUGACCAAAUUAAUAGAUAUUUAAUAACUAUUAUAAAACAUAUAGCAAUUAUCUGGUCAUUAAAGGUCUGAUCUGUAUCCAGUGUGAAUAUAUACAUAUAAAUAUAUAUAUAAGAACUUUUAUUUAUUCAAAACAUUUGAAGGACCUUAUUAUGGUUUCAAUGUGGUAUGAUGUCCAUUUAUUACAGUCACAGAGGUCCGCUUGUAAUCCGUUUUAGUAGACAAAUUUGUUAGAGUGGACACAGAUUUUGUGCCUUCAGUUUGUACGGGAAAAUGCAUGUCUGUGUGUAUAUCAAGAAUCAUGUUAAGGUGUUGAAUCAGAUAGUGUAAGCUUGCACAUGCUAUUUCUAAAACAUAUUAUCAAUAAGUUCCAGAAAAAAAAAUAGUGUGAAUGAACUACUGAGUGGAAGAGCUCAUUGGUGUAUUAUAUUUUAACGCACUGAAGCCUGGAUGCUUUCUGUAUUUAAAAUGUAUUUAUGACAAUGUGGAUAUAUUGCUUUUUUUCCUGUUAUAUAUUGUACAUAGUUGGGUUUAUUUUCCUGUGGUAUAUAAAAAAAUGAAAUUUAAUAAAAAUGGACAGAUAAAAAUUAAACAAUACAUCUGCAUGUUUGACCAGUAAUACUCAACCUUGCUCACUCUUCUGCUAAACUAGUGCAACUACAAUAACCUAACCCUUCCAAAACCAUGCAGUGCUUUAUAAUAUAUGGCAGGGAUGGUAAACUGUUUUGAGAUCAUGCCAGAAUCAGCAAGUCUUUAAAAAGAAUCUCUAGGGGGCAGUUUGGCUGUAGCACUGGAGCGGGCAUUGCAUGCCUUGUACCGCCAACAUUUUUUUCCAUGUUGAUUAUACCUAUUAAAAACAUUUGGCAACACAAGUGAAAGUCACAAAAGCUUCACAUCUUAGGUUUUUUUUAGUCCUGAUAAUAGCAACAUUCUAAAAAAAAUAAUAAUCCUAAAGUGCUGUAAUAGUUCUGUUGUUUAAAGACAUUCCUGCUCAUAUGGCCAGGUAGUGGUAGGUUCCUCAAAGCACCUGGCAUCUUGCUGUACCCCUUAUCAUCUUCAGUCCCUUUCAACUCACCUCUGAUUAAGCACAUGCCCCAGAUUAGAGCUUGAAGGAGCUUUUCUGGAGAAGUGAGAGCUUAAUAUUGUAAUUUACAGGGAGAACUCUGAUUGGAUAUUAUAUCAAUUGUACAUUUACAAUGCAUAAAAAGUAGACCAAACAUGCUUUUUGUUCUCUCUUGAAUAUAUGGACACAUUUUUGGGGAUGUUCAGAUUUGCAAUGCAUUUUGUUUAAUGUAAGCCUUGCUUGUUCAUUUUGUCAUAUUUUUGAUUUAGACAUUGCUGUUGAAAAUCCUACUGCAUUAUAAUAAAUCCUAAAUUAUUAAUUUAAAUAGUAUGUAUGUGCUAUAUAAGUUUACAUUAAUACUUAUCUGGCUUACUUUGUUUUACCCUUUGAAAGUGCUUAAUUAUGUAGAAUGUAACUUUGAUUACUAAUUGUUGUUAAUAAUUGGUAAUUAAAAAGCCAUUUAAUAAAAAAAUAUUUUUAAUAGCUAAAAAUAUAAAAUAAGAAAUGUUACUGUAGAACUUACUAACAUGAAAAACUUUUUUUUUAGCAUAAAAUAAACAAAUUCUAUUGUUAAAAAUGUAUUUUCAAAAUAUUAACAGACUAAACUUUGGCAGAUAGAUCUAUGUGUUGUUAUUCAGUGUUAUCCCAGUCAUCUCCUACACCCUAAUAAAGGUUUAAUUUAAAAAAAUAGCUUAAAAAAACCCUAAUAAUAAUAAAUUGCAAAUAUAUUUUUUUUUCCAUUUCAUACCAAAAACUAUGGAAAUGUUUACUUUAGGACAAUCUAAGACACAGGUUUCUGUUAAGCCAUAAGGCAUUUCCUAUGGCCCUUUCAAAAUGUCUUCAGAGAUUAGUGGUCAGUGGUAGUCAAAUCUGAUUGGCUAAGCAUUUUCAUCAUCUAUAGACAUUCAUUUUAUUCUUGUAAUAUAUUGUGAUCUGGGGUCCCAGCGGAGUUAUCCAGUUUUGUCUGUGGUAUUGCUUUGCUUGUUCAGUAUUAUUCAUCAUUAUGAGAAUAGGAAUCUUAAUAGAAACUCUUAGGAUUAUGCUAUCCAUUAACCUAAAACUGUAAAGUAAGUGUGGUUCAAAUAAUGUUAUUUCCAUUGACCAUUUAGUUUAGGCAUUAAAAUGUUCUCAGCUUAAAAGGCUUUCUCAAGUAAAUCACAGACUUAGUGUCUAUUAGUGUGUGCUAAAAUCAUAUUUAGUAUUUAGGUGUAGUACUUAGCUAAGCACUUAUUGGAACUUGGCUCUAAAAUGUAAAAUGUUUCUGCCAAAAAACAAGGUGUAAACAAUCUUUGCAGUACAGUGUUAUAUGAGCAAAGCAGGUUGGGUAUCACUGAUUAAACAGGUUUGUAGUAUGUAUUUUACAUCUUGUUUUGUUCCCAGCUGACAAUAUGUAUAAUUUCACUUUAUUUUCAUAUGUGCCUUUUCCUGAAAUGCAACAAAAAAUACACCAGAUAUUUUAGAACUAUCAUUAAAAAUCAUCCCCAAAAAUUGUAAUCAAAACAAAACGUUUAAAACCUAUUGUAUUUACAUUUUCCAAAUUUUUUUUCUUUUCUGUUUUUUUAAAUACAGAAAAAAAACUGUUAACAUAAAUGAACUGUAAAACAUUUUAAAACAUAAAAAAAAAAAUGUGGGCAGCAAAAAAAGUUAUCAGAUGAAAUAUGGUAGAAAUUGUUAAAAAAAAGUGUUUCACACUUUCAUCAAAAUUAAAUUCAUCAUUCUCAAACAUCAUAAAGAUAUCUAAUUAUGAAACAAAACAUCUCUACUUACCAUGUCCUGAAAAAGUUAAACACUUUUUUUUUAUGUUUAAUAUUUGGAUUUUGGUCUUUGUUAAAUACAUUGAAAAUAUGCAAAGAAUCUGUUGUACAAAAACAGUGAAAAGCACAUUUUUUUUGUUAAUUCUGAUGGUUUAAUUUCUAUGCAAUUGUUUAUGUAUACAAUAUUUGUGGGUUUAAUUUUAUUAUUUAAUAAAUCAAAAUUAACAAUUUAUAUUUUUUUUUACAAGGGAUUUGAAUUCCAAUUCAUUAUUAUGGCCUAUUUUAUAACUGCCCAAAUAUAAAGACUUGCAGUGAUAAUUAUUAAAUAAAGCACACAAAACACAAACAGACCCUUUUAUAAAUUAAAAUUUUCACCCGACCUAAAGGCACAUGAGGUAUUAAAAGGAUACUAAACCCAAUUGUUUUCUUUUAGAGCAUGCAAUUUUAAGCAACUCUCUAAUUUACUCCUAUUACCAAUUUUUCUUCAUUUUUUUCUACAUUUAGUCACCUAUAAGCAAGCUCUACCUAGGUGCUGAACCUAAAAUUGUCCAGCUCCUAAGCUUUCAUUUCUGCUUUGUCAAAUAAAGAUACCAAGGGAACAAAAGAAAAAAGGAAAUUAGGAGUAAAUUAGAAAGUUGCUUAAAAUUGCUUCUCAAUCUGAAUCAUGAAAUAAAAAAUUUAGGUUUAGUAUCCCUUGAACACAUUUGACAAAUAGCUGAAUAUAUAAAUGUAUGUUUUUAUUCUGGAAAUGUCAGUGUACUUGCAUAUUUGAAUACUUACAAACUGGCAGAGUGUUUAUUAUUUUUGUAAUAGAAACUUUUAUACAAAAUGUCAUUUUAUUCACUUAUAUGCUUCUGAAUUGUACAUCUGCUUUUUGGAAACAUAGUGAAGCAAAUACUUUCCUUACGUUUUAUUUUUCAAGUGAAAAUUAAAUUGACACAAUAUUUUGUAUGAAAAUGAUUCCAACUUGUAAUAGUCCUAAAAUGCAUUGUUUUUCUAGAUCAUUAAGAUUUUUUUUAUAUAUAAUAUUUUGAAUAAGAUUAAGAUUCCAAGAAUCGUAAAUAGAUAUUAUUUGUUACAUAAUUAAGAGAGUUUCCCAAAUCCCCACUUCCUGUUAUAAGUAAAAUUACACAUUUGUACAAAAUAUUUUUCUGUCAGAAACACAAGUCCCUUGAGUGGUUAUAUAUUCUUAGCAUAAUAUGAUACAAUUUAGUAAUGAAUUCAUGCAGCACAGCUGCACAGAAUUUGUGGUGUAAGAAAUGUUUAUACAGUGUAUUGUUUUGUGAAAUACUUAUAUUUCUUCUUAUUUUUGGAUUCCCAAAGACACAGAGUAAAGCAGUUUAGGGAAUGUUUGAAUACAUUAAAAUUUCCAAUUACGUACUGUAUGACACACAGGAUUUUAUUUCAAUAGUAAAUCUUUUUAGUGGUAAUACAUAGUAACAAAAGUGAACUGAGUUAAAGGGACACUGAACCCACAUUUUUUCUUUAAUGAUUCAGAUAGAGCAUGCAAUUUUAAUCAACUUUCUAAUUUUCUCCUAUUUUCAAUUUUUCUUUGUUCUCUUGCUUUGUUUAUUUUAAAAGCAGGAAUGUAAAUCUUAGCAGCCAGACCAUUUUAGGUUCUGCACCAUGGAUAGCGCUUGCUUAUUGGAGGAUUACAUUUACCCACCAAUAAGCAAGCAUAACCCAGGUUCUCAACCAAAAAUGGGCUGGCUCCUAUGCAUCACAUUCCUGUUUUUUAAAUAAAGAUAGCAAAAGAACGAAGAAAAAUUGAUAAUAGGAGUAAAUUAGAAAGUUGCCUAAAAUUGCAUGCUCUAUCUGAAUCAUGAAAGAUUUUUUUUUUUUGGUUUAGUGUCCCUUUAAGCUUAGAAGAUAGUGUUUGAUAUAUAUAUAUAUAUAUAUAUAUAUAUAUAUAUAUAUAUAUUGAUUUAUUGUUAGAAAAAGCACUAUCAUUGGUAGUAAUACCUUAAUGUACCAUGCAAAUUAGAUACAAGGCUUUUUUACUGGCGUCUACUUAUUUAUUUAUUUUUUAAAAUAAAUACAAACAGCUGUAUUUCAUAUAAUUAGGAAAAACAUUUAUCCAGGUUUUAAGCACUUUUUGCAUGAAGAUAAAAUGUUAUAAAAAACUUUUUUCACUGCCAGUCCAAAAUAAAGUGGACCACGUUGACAAGAAAAGCAUUACAUUUAUUCAUAACUGCUCUGGACACAAAUUACACCCCCCAAAAUAUACUCCUAUGGAGGAUAAUUUAAAGAAAGUGUAUUUAUGAUGAAUAAUUUAGACAGUGCAUUCAUAACAAAGGGAUGGCACUUAACAUUUUUAAUUGUGUUUCACAAUUAAAAAUACAAUUUUUCUUCUUUACUUUUUUUUCAUAACUAAAGUAUGAUACUGUAGAAUUUUUUUAAAUGCUUAGACCAGUUGGGGAAAUGUAUAAAAUAUUAAUUUUAAGUUGCACUUGGAUGGUGCCUUGGAUUAUAAUAUAUGGUAGUAGUUUGUUUAGGCUUCAACUCUUUUACAUUUGUAGUAAUGCUCAAUACAUUUUGAUAGUUAUGAUCUUAAAAAAAUGAUAAUGACAGAGUUUAUUUUUAUGAUAUCUGGUCAUCAACACAUUUUAUAACCAUAAAAUACAAUUAUUUUCUUAGAUUUGUAUAGCCCUUAAGUUCAGUUCUGUAUAUUUAAACUGUUGCUGCUUAUUUGUUUGACUUAUCAGAAAAUAAGAUUUUUUUUACUGUAAUUAUAAUAUCAUUAGACACCUACUAGUUUUUAAAUACAAUUAAAAUACCAUUAUAGGCCUAAAAAAUUAAAUAGGUAACAGACAGGCUCCAAUGCCUACAAUUUGUUUUUUCUUAAAAAAAAGUAAAGUUUUGAUUGAUUAGCGCAUGUGUCUGGCGUAAACUAAUUUUAUUACUCAUAGAUUGUAGUCAGCAUCAUCCCAUAAAAAAAAAUAGAAAUAUAAAAAAAUAGCUCCUGCUAGUUAAAAAAGAAAACAAAAAUAUCAGAAACUAUUUAGCAGAAAAUGUUUACCACGUUGUUUUGCAUUUGAAUUGCAUUUUGAAUGAUGUAUCCAUUGUUACUAUCUCCCUAAAUAAUGGAAAUGUCAGUAUUUGGAAAUAUGAUCCAUAAAAUAUAUCUUUUUAGUAAGUAAUUUGCAAUACACUGUAUAAUCAUACUUUUUUUUGUAAAAUUAGUUUUAAGCUAACAUUGAUACCUCUUAGGGCAACCACCAUACUGAGGUAUCUGCUUUUUCAAAACAACCAAAUUCCAAAUUAAAUAUGAAUGAAUGUAGAAUAUGGAAUUUGUGUACUUGGAACAACAUAUUCCAUACAAAGGGAGAUUGGUGUGGGAUACAUAUGAAGGAUUAGUAUUUUCUUUGUAAUUUUGUUUUCAUUGUCUUUUGGGAGCCUAAAUUAUUUUUCUCUACCUCAUGUGUACAGCUUGUAGGUAUAAAUCUGAUUCUGAGUGGCUGUUGAGAAUGUAUUUAAGUUAUUUAACAUCUUUGUAUAACAAAAAUGAGAAAAAUGAAACAAUAAAUGUAUUUUAAAUUAUAAAA